AUUCCCUGGGCCAUGAUAUUCCCAAAAUGCUGCAACUCUUCAGAGAAGGUCUUGAGUACAUGGUACAAGACGAGAAUAUAAUCAAGACAAGAAUAGCACGACUGGAUAUGCCUACUGAGCAGAUAGUUGCCAAUCUGAAAACAGUUAUCCAUGACAUCUGCACAUUCAAGCCUUUGACUUAUGGUCCUUUUGUGCGGAAGUUGGUUAUUAGAUCUUCAACCAGUGAAGGUUUGCAAUUGAACCUUGAUGGACUUCUACCUCAGGUGGAGAAAGUAGAACAAGAAGAAGAAGAAGAAAAUGCAGAUGAUAAUGAAGAAAAAAAUGUCCAAGAAUCUGUUAGUACCUGAUGUCUGUCCUUGUAGAUCUGAUGAUCAAGAUUGGAAAGCGAAUGGUGUAAUUCAAAUCAUACUUUAUGAAAAGAAAAAAAUAAAUCUAACUUGUGAAUUUCACUUGUAAAUUCUGUGUAACAAGAAAUAUUGUCACAAACAGGAGUCUGUUGUAAAAACCCAAGACACUUUAAAUUCCUUUUGUUGGUAGCUGAAAGCUCCCUAGUUUGUGUGUUUUUUUUUCUUUGCACGUACUAGUUCUUACUUCAAUAAAAGUAUUUCUG